AAAUUUAUGAGUGCUAAUGUAGUUUUGUCUAAGCUGGCUACUAACAAACAAUAUGCUGAAAAUUUGCCAUAUGUGGAGGGGAUGAAAGCAUACGAUAAUAAUCCUUUCCACCCUGUGAAAAACCCGAAUGGGGUUAUUCUAAUGAAUCUCGCGGAUAAUCAGCUUUCAGUUGACCUGAUUAAAGAAUACUUGACUAAGAAAAAUCUACAAAUUUCCAUUGAAUUUUUCAGGAAAUUAGCCAACUUCCAAGACUAUCAUGGCCUGCCUGAAUACACAGAAGCAAUUGCAAAAUAUAUGGAAGAAACAAGAGGGGGUAAGGUUAAGUUUGAUCCAAAACGUGUAGUAAUGUCUGCUGAAGCUAAUGGAGCUAAACAAACUCUCAUCUCUUGUUUGGCUGAUCCUGGUGAUGCUCUUUUAGUCCCUGCCCCUUUUUACCCAGGAUUUGCUAAGGACAUACGUUGGGGAACUAAUGUUCAACUUGUGCCCAUUUCAUGCAAGAGCUCCAACAAUUUCAAGAUCACUAUAGAAGCUAUCAAAGAGACAUUUGAAAAAGUCCAAGAAGAAAAAAUCAAAGUCAAAGGCAUGAUUUUGUCCAACCCUUCUAAUCCAUUAGGCACUAUUUUGGAUAGGGACACACUAAAAAAAAUCUUGACCUUCACUAACGAACAUAACAUCCACCUUGUUUGCGAUGAAAUCUAUGCUGGCACCGUAUUUGAUGCUCCACAAUUCGUUAGCAUCGCUGAAAUUAUGGAUGAAAUUUCAUGUGUUAAUAAAAAAUUGGUACAUAUUGUGUCUAGUGUUUCCAAAGAAGUGGGUUUUCCAGGAUUUCAAGUGGAAAUUGUGUAUUCCUUCAAUGAUGAUGUCGUUAAUUGUGCUAGAAAAAUGUCGAGUUUCAGUCUUGUUUCCUCUUUGACACAACAUUCUCUACCUUCCAUGUUUGGCAAUGGAUUUAUCGAAAAAUUUCUCAUUGAAAAUACUAAGAAAUUAAGGGAAAGGCAUGAGAAAUUCACUAGCGAACUUGAAAAAGUCGGAAUCAAAUGCUUAAAAAGCAAUGCUGGGGUUUAUUGCUGGGUGGAUUUGAGAACUUUGCUGAAAGAGCAAACACCUGAUGCUGAGGAGUCACUAUGGAAACUGAUCAUAAAUGACGCGAAGCUCAAUAUCUCACCUGGAUCUUCUUUUAGUUGUUCGGAGGCAGGAUGGUUUCGAAUUUGUUUUGCAAAUAUCGAUGAUCAAACUAUGGAGAUCGCCCUCCAAAGAAUUCAAAAGUUUGUUCAGUCUAACACUAGAAAAUUAAUGUUAUGA